GUUUGGACUGCUCGGUGUGCCGUACCGGUUGUCAGAUUCAAGUAUGUUGUCAAAGUUUGAUCGGAGGUCGAAGCGGUGCGAAUAAAACUCUUCAUCUGCGGGAAGGCUGUUGUUAAUCCAUUAGUCAUGGGCAACACCAGCGAUCGUGUAUCUGCUGAUCGGCAUGGAGCGAAGACGCAGCGCUCGGACAGUGCCGGCGGACACAAAGACCACGAGCCCGGCAAAAUGAUGGACAGCACUGAUGACCCCAAUAUCUUCAACACACAUGGACUAGAAUCCAAAGCUUCAAGUGAGAAGGAUUUCCCUCCUGAUUUAGAUGACAUGGUAAAGACGGUUCCUCAGGCCCGACCGACCGUCAUCCGCUGGGCCGGAGGAGGAAGAGAGGUCUACAUCGCCGGAUCCUUCAACAACUGGAGCAACAAGAUCCCAUUGAAUAAAAGCCAUAAUGAUUUUGUAGCAAUCUUGGACCUGCCUGAGGGUGAACAUCAGUAUAAAUUCUUCGUUGAUGGCCAGUGGCUGCACGACCCAUCGGAGCCGGUGGUCACCAGUCAGAUGGGCACCAUUAAUAAUCUGAUCCAUGUGAAGAAAUCAGAUUUCGAGGUGUUUGACGCGCUGCAGGUGGACUCGCUCGAGUGCUCCGAUACAUCAGAUCUAUCCAGCUCGCCGCCUGGCCUGUACAGUCAGGACGUUUACAUGUUCAAGCCUGAGGAACGCUUCAAAGCUCCGCCCAUCCUGCCCCCCCACCUGCUGCAAGUCAUCCUCAACAAAGACACCAACAUAUCAUGUGACCCUGCACUGCUGCCGGAGCCCAAUCAUGUGAUGCUGAAUCAUCUGUAUGCGCUCUCAAUAAAGGAUGGUGUGAUGGUUCUCAGUGCGACUCAUCGUUAUAAGAAGAAAUACGUGACGUCUCUGCUGUAUAAACCCAUUUAAUGAGAUCCUGUAGAGCUGAGAUUGCACUGUAAACACUAGAGACUCUGUCCCGCUGACCGUAAUGUGUGUGUGUGUGUGUGCGCUUUAUAUACUGUUACAUCUGAUACUCCGACAUCUAAAUACUUGAGUUUUUAACCCUUGUGCGACCUUCGAGACAUUUUUGUCUGUGUUAAUGCCAACAACGUACAUUUGGCCAAAGGUGUAUUUUUUUGGGUAAUUUUUAUAUUUGAACCUCAGUUCCUAUAACAAAUCUAUAACACAUCUAUAACACACUGUGUACAGGAAAUAGUCACAUUCGGGACCUUCAGGACACAAAUGUCCCCAUUAAAACUGUAAUAUAUGAUCCCAGUGUCAUUAAAGCAUAAAAUCAUGAAUUAUAUGAUAGUAUACUUUCAUUACGGAGCCUUGGCUUCAAAAUUUAUAUUUUUUAAAUUUUCCACCAGAUGGCGCCAUUUUCCUCAUGUUUAUCCUGUGGAGCAAAUACAAACUUUUCCCCUAUUCACUGUUUACUGUAUUAUAGAGACCUGCAGGACAACUGAAUACAUGAUGCAGAUACAAGUGAGUGUGUGUGUGUGUGUGUGUGUGUGUGUGUGUGUGUGUGUGUGUGUGUGUGUGUGUGUGUGUGUAUUGAGAAGUGUGUGUGUGUUUAUGUGUGUAUUGAGAAGUGUGAGUGUGUGUGUGUGUGUGUGUGUAUUGAGAAGUGUGUAUGUUUGUGUGUAUUGAGAAGUGUGUGUAUGUUUGUGUGUAUUGAGAAGUGUGUAUGUUUGUGUGUAUUGAGAAGUGUGUGUAUGUGUGUGUGUGUAUGUAUGUGUGUAUUGAGAAGUGUGUGUGUGUAAGUGUGUUUAUGUGUGUAUUGAGAAGUGACUGUGUGUGUAUAAACAUCAACAGUGUUAUUAUAUAAACAAACUUUUAUAAUAUUAUUUUGGCAGUUUUUUGACGCAGACAUUUGUGUCCUCUAAGGGUCUCUGAGAUUAUUUGGUUGUCGCACAAGGGUUAAACCAGAGUGUGUCCAUCUUAUGUGCAACAUUGUGCAAUAAUUAUAAGUGAUGCUAUUCGGUCAUUUCAGCGUGCUUCAUAAAAGUGUGAACGAGGAGUCAUGAUUUGGACAGGCACAUUGUUUCUAACUGUAUAGAAUUAUAAUUUGAUUUUAAAUGCUUUGUUAGUAAUUCAUUAAUUAUUGCAUUAUUACCUUAAAAUUGAAUCGCAUCAACACAUGUAAUUUGGUGGGUUACUCCCACAAUAGAAUACAUCUAUAUCGAUCAUUAUGGGAUUUUUUGCCUCUACAUUUUGAAUUUCAGGGGCAUUUUUGUCACAUUUAAGGGUGUUUUUAUUUCCUUGAAUCGCCCUUAAUUACAGACAGUUCUUGUUUGGCGUUUAAUGCCGAUGGAACUUUUAAAUGUUUUCUUCUCUUAUAAUUAAAUUAAAUUUGGACCUCUAAACUGAACCGUUUGCUAGAAGAGAAAGUGCCACACUUCUCUGGAGAUGGAUUUGCUCUGCGCUUGUGUUACGAUUCCAACACAUGAGCAGGAUUGAACCUUUUAAAAGCACAAAGUGUGAUUCUAAUGGCAUUAUGAUGUCAUGCAGACGAACACUUUCAGCUGCUACACUGUGACGAAACCAAUGAAUCUAACGGCACGCUUCUUUAGUUUGUCAAGCUGAGCUGUAUCUUUGUCUGUUACAUUGAAUCAGGAAUGUGAUAUUGCAUUGGUGUGUUUCUCUGAAGUUGUUUUGAUGCGUUUGCUGUGAGUUUAAUAGUAUUUAUUCACUCCAAAGAUAAUCAGUCAUAUACUGCGUUUAGUGGGAAUAUUACGGCGAUAUGACCGUAGCACUGUCGGCUGUAGGUGAGAGCUGUUACUGAAUAUUAUUUUAGGGACAAAUAUCCACCUUGAACUUAAAUAGUUUCCCUCUGUGUGUGUGUGUGUGUGUGUGCUGUUUUUAUUUAAUGUACUGAAGAAUAAUUUAUUAGCUGUGCGUUUUACACAAUGGGUGUUUUGCUUCUGAUAAUAAAAAGGGACGCCUUCUGAUUUUGUCCAUGUUUACAUUUUAUUUAUUUAUUUUGGGUAUUUCACAAUUUUUUCACAGUUCAAAAUUGUACAUCCGACACUCAAAUGACCAUCUUUUCCUUUCUACUCGACUCG